GGAUUGUUCGCAUCGACUGCUCAAGUAUGAGUUUGCCCAGUGCUAACAUCAGCAACAACAGCACCAAUAACCACGCACACGCCUCUUCGCCCGUGUACACUGGUGCCGCGGGCAUAAAAACGACUGUGACCAAAAAAUCCUCGAAAAACGAUUUACUGCGCUGCGCGGUAGGAUUGCUGCUGAAGCAGAAAAACUAUGUGAGCAAUGAGAGAUUCCGACGCUCGGACUUUCUCCUGCUGCAGAACAAAAAUCAGUUCGCAGUAAGCAAAAUGCUGGAGGCGGACCUGCAUGGCGGCAACAGUUUCACCUACUCGAACGUGCAGGUGAUCACCAACAACCAGCACAUGGUGGACCAGCAGUUCGGACGCUUCUCGCAAUUCGUGGAGGCCCAGCCGGAGCCGCUGCGAAUCGAGAUGAAACGCUUCUACGGGCCCAUGCUGUGCCACUUCUACUUGGAUCUGCUGAAAGCGCGUGAAUCCAAGGGCGCCGUCGAACUGCUGAGAAAGUAUGCGCACCUCGUGGCGCCGGUGGACCUGUACGACGCCCCUAUGCCCACGAAGAUUAAUGGCUGCACCACCACAGAGUCCACCUUUCUCAUACGCUUUGCGCGGGAGGCACAGGACACCGGCGACACGGAGCUGGAUUACUUCAUGAACCUGCUGCAGAUACUCAGUGGCUGCAUUAAGCAGGAAACUGCCGAGGCAGACGAAACCGUGGCCCACUUUCGCUCCUCCAAGUACGAGCUGCACACCACAUCGCAGGUGGUGGACAAGAUGUGUGGCUAUCUGCAGCGCCGUGGCCAUGUGCUGAUCAUGAAUCUGCUGUACACCUGGCUGCAUGUGCAGAUCGUGGAGAACGAGCAGCGCGUCUUCAGCGAGGAUCAUCUGAUGGGCCUAACCGACGACGUCGAUGCGGAGGAUGUGGAAGACGCCGCUGGCACUUUCAGUAUUCGCAGCGAGCAGAAGCUGAUCAAGUCCAGCGCAGAGAAAAACAGCAGAAAACGGCCCCCCGAUGAGCCAACCGUCAAGCUAGAGAAUGACAUCAAGAAGGAGCCGGACGGCGACGAAUUCGCAGAGGCCGCCAGGUCGCAGCUCAACGUAGAUGGCUGCCUGGAAACUCUCAAGUCCUGCACAACACAAAUACUCAAGGCACAGAUCGAGCUGCCGCGCUUCCUGAAGAUCAGCGAGCGUACGCGUGGCCUCACCACGGCCCAUGUGGACGCCAGCGAAUGCCACAUGGUGGCGGGCUUCGACAAUUCAUCCGUUCAGCUGUGGCAGCUGAAUCAGCACAGUUGUCGGGGCAAGAGCUUCUACAGACGCUACCCGCAAUCGCAGUGCCCCUGGGAGUUGAACAAUUGCGAGAACAACGAGGAGGAGGAGGACGACGAGCCAGCAGCGGAAAGUGCUGAAUGCACUGAGGAAGAGCGUCGGGAUCGCAGCAGGGCGGAGCGUCUCAAAUAUGCAGACAAUUCCUUCAAUGAGUAUGGCGGCCUGCAGCUGCGUGGCCACACCAGAGGCGUCACCGACGUGCGCUUCUCUGCCCACUAUCCGCUCCUGUAUAGCGUUUCGAAGGACGCCACCAUGCGCUGCUGGCGGGCUCACAACCUGCACUGCGCCGCCAUAUACCGCAGCCACAACUAUCCCAUUUGGUGCAUGGACGAGAGCCCCGUGGGCCAGUAUGUGGUCACAGGAUCCAAAGAUUUGAGCGCACGCCUGUGGUCCCUGGAACGCGAGCACGCGCUCAUCAUCUAUGCAGGCCACACGCAGGACGUAGAGUGCGUUGCCUUUCAUCCGAAUGGCAACUACUUGGCCACUGGAUCCGCAGAUCACUCGGUGCGUCUGUGGUGCGCCACCAGUGGAAAGCUGAUGCGUGUUUUUGCUGAUUGCCGCCAGGCGGUGACCAAUCUGGCCUUCAGUCCCGAUGGCAAAAUGCUGGCCGCCGCUGGGGAGGAGGCCAAAGUGCGCAUAUUCGAUCUGGCUGCUGGGGCACAGCUGAGCGAGCUGAAGGAUCAUCCGUCACCGGUUAGCUCUUUGGCUUGGAGUCCACACAAUCAGCAUUUGGCCACGACCUGCAGCGAUGGCAGUUUGAGGCUCUGGGACAUCAAGAAGCUCACUCCCAUGAGUGAGAACAGCAGUGGGGGAUGCUCCACAUCCGCGGCCACUUACCUAUCGGGCACAUCGAAUCGUCUGUUAGCCAUUAAUAGUUCCUGCCAGCGUCUGGUCGAUGUGUUUUACGGGAGCAGCAAAACGCUCUACUGCAUUGGCGCUUAAUCGAGAAUAAAUGAAUUUCCAUUUCCAAUGUUUUAUGCUUGAAAAUAAUUUAUUUUUAAUAAGUCUGUAUAAUAUUUACUGUUACUAUUCUGUGUAUGUGUGUGUGCAACAAAUGGU